AUAAUCUCAGAGUGUCACAGAUCCACGGGACGUGAGAAACGCGCUCCUCUUCCCACCCUUUCUUCGUGUUUAUGAGUCUUUUCUGUUCGGAUUCCACUUUUGUUCUCAGAAGAUGAUGUUCACGAAAUAACCGGCAGCGAAACGUCACGCACACAUGCGCACACAGACUGACGCAGCGCUUGUAGACUUUUCUUUUUUCUUUUCCUUCCAUUCCUCCUUCUGUCUGCGCGCGCGGCGGCGCAUCGCUCGUUCCGCUGCAUUCAACAGUUCUGAGGAGCGCAGACGCAAAGAGCGGCGAGCCCGCAAAAAGACACCGCUUCCUCUGAUACCAAGAGGAGGAGGAGCAGGGGCAGGAGGAGGAGGAGGAGGAGGGCAUCACGAUUAGUGUUUCUGCAGACCGGGACACUUUCACCGCGGAGCUUUGAACGAGCGCGCACCGUUUUCCAAACUUCUUCCCGCAAAAGAAAGAAAUCCUUGGAUUUGUUCCCCCUUUUUCAUUUUUUAAUUGGAGGUUUUUAUCAGCAGGGGUGUGUAAGACGAUAGUGUGGUUCUGGACGCCCACCCCAUCCCCACCACCACCACCAAACGCAAAAAAGAAAAAAAAAUAAGGAGAGGAAGAGAGAGGCGCACGCGUAGAGGAAAAGAGGAGGAUGUGAGAGGGGGGGAUGCGGGUGCUUGGCAGCAGAGGAAUCGCCCGUGAAGCCCCGGCGCGGGGUGUGAAUUCAGCACCAGGGGAGAGCGGACAGCUCCCGACGCAGCGUCAGCACAAGAAAAGCCGCAGAUUUGCGGCGCUUUUUCUUCUUCCUCCACGUCAAGGUCAGCCCCGACCCGAGAGACAAGAGAAAAGAAGAAGAUGAAGGCGCCAAGGCUGCCUCCUCUUCCUCGCGUCAAUGCGCAGGGGCUCUGAUUCCUCUCCCGGACCCGAGCGCAGCUUAGACGCAGCAUGGAUGUGGGGAAAAAGCCAGCCCCGUCUCCCCCUUAAAUGCCCGUUUCUGCCCCCCUCUCCCCCCUCCUCUUCCUCCUCCUCUUCCUCACCGAUGCAUACUCUUUCCACAUCAGCCGGGGAUGAAGCGCUGAGCGUCAAAAAAUGCUGCUUUGGAUCGUGCUGCUGAAUGCGGCUCUCUGCGUUGCUGGCGGGAACGUUACGAGGGACGUGUGCAAGGAGCAGGUCUGCUCCUGCAGGGAGGUGGAGGGGGACCUGCACAUAGACUGCGAGAAGAGGAGCUUCGCCAGCCUGCAGCACCUGACCGGCCCCAGCUCGCACUUCUAUCACCUGCUGCUGCAGGGAAACUCUCUGUCCAGGCUGUUCCCCAACGAGUUCGCCAACUUCUACAACGCCGUCAGCCUCCACCUGGAGAGCAACGGCCUGCACGACAUCGUCCCGGGGGCGUUCCUGGGGCUGCAGCUGGUGAAGAGGUUGCACAUCAACAACAACAAGAUCCGCUCCUUCAGGAAGAGCACCUUCCUGGGUUUGGACGACCUGGAGUAUCUGCAGGCGGACUUCAACCUGCUGAGGGACAUCGACCCCGCCGUGUUCAGGGACCUAAACAAACUUGAAGUGUUGAUACUCAACGAUAACCUCAUCAGCGCGCUACCUACAAACGUUUUCCUGCACGUGCCCAUCACGCAUCUCGACCUGCGGGGGAACCGGAUCAAAACGUUGCCUUAUGAGGGGAUUCUGGAGCAGAUCCCCGGGAUCGUGGAGGUCCUGUUGGAGGACAACCCGUGGGACUGCAGCUGCGAGCUGCUCUCCCUGAAGGAAUGGCUGGAGAACAUUCCGCGCGACGCGCUGAUCGGGAGGGUCAUCUGCGAGGCGCCCACGCGCCUGCAGGGCAGCGACCUGAACGAGACGUCGGAGGCCGACCUGUGCCCCUCACAGAGCGGAAUCGACACCAGCCUCGUAGCUCCUCCCACUCAAGAGGAGACUUCGCAAUCCGAGGGAGCGCAACCCACGCCUUACAAGCCUAGCAGGGACGCCAGCGGGCCUCCCACGCCCGGGGGGCACGGACCCAGGAGCCGCUCCAAAUCUCGUGAGAACUGGCAGCUGAAGACCAAACCCACCGCGGCAGCAGGUGAGAGCAGAGAGCAGCUGCACAACGCCACCUGCCCGCAGCCGUGCAGCUGCAGGUCCGUGGGCACGCGCAGGGGGCUGGGGGUCAACUGCGAGGGCAAGAAGCUGGAGAGCCUGUCCAACCUGAAGCCCAAACCCGUGAGCGCGCACGAACUGAACAUGAGAGACAACAACAUCCACGCGGUGAAGAGGAAUCAGCUGCUCGGCUUCUCCAGCCUGCACCUGCUCGACCUGGGCGGGAACAACAUCAAAGGGAUCGACAACGGAACCUUUCAGAACCAGAGCGAGCUGCGCUGGCUCUACUUGGAUAAGAACUACCUGGACGCACUGUUGGCGGAGAUGUUCGUGGGCCUCGGGAAUCUGGAAUACCUGAGUUUGGAAUACAACAACAUCCAGUUGAUCGCAGCGGGGGCCUUCAGCCCCAUGCCGAACCUGGGGGUUCUGCUGCUCAACAACAACCUGCUCAAGUCUUUGCCCGUCAACGCCUUUCUGGGGAUUUCUUUAUCCAAGAUCAGCCUGCACAAUAACUACUUCCCGCACCUCCCCGUGGCCGGCGUGCUGGACCAGCUCAGCUCCAUCGUGCAGGUGGACCUGCACGGGAACCCGUGGGAUUGCUCGUGCACCAUCGUGCCCUUCAAGCAGUGGACGGAGAAGCUGGGCCCGGACGCCAUCGUGAGCGACCUGAAGUGCGAGUCCCCGGAGCGCUUCUGGAAGCGGGACUUCCGCUACGUCCGGAACGACCUGCUGUGCCCCAACCGGACCCCGCCGACCCCGCUGUCCAAGACCUUCACGCAGGAGUCGGGGACGCGCUCGAACUCCUAUCUGGAGCCCAACCGGGUGUCCAUCUCGGUGCUCGUGCCCGGGCUGCUGCUGGUGUUCGUCACGUCCGCGUUCACGGUGGUGGGCAUGCUCGUGUUCAUCUUGCGCAACCGCAAGAGGUCGAAGCGGCGCGAGGGCAACUCGUCCGCGUCCGAGAUCAACUCCCUGCAGACGGUGUGCGACUCUUCCUACUGGCACAGUGGGCCCUACCACGCGGACGGGAGCGCGCACAGGGGCUUCGACUGCAGCGCGCACCUCUCCACCACAAACGACGCCUAAACCCUCUUCCCCCCGCUCCCCCCACUUUAAAACUGGAUUACAAACACUGCAGGAUUUUCUAGGGUUCGAACACAAACUUGUUUAGUUUGUGUGAGUCCGCUGCCGCACAGGCCCUGUAAAGAUAUGUAUAUUUCCCCCCACCCCCUCUCCCUUCUACACCUUUCCUCUCCUUUGGCUACCCCUUCUCCCUCCUCCUUCUCCUCCUCCCAUUUUGCCGCAGUCGGACAGAGAUCAGACAGAUGACGGGGAGAGGGGCGCGUGCGUGUGUGAGAAGGAGGGCACUGUGCACGAGCGCAUGAAUGUACAUGUAAAUAUUGGGACUGAUGUAUCAUAAAAAUGCAUGAAGAUCUUUCGCAUGGUCUCACAAAUACGGCCAUCAAACCGGGCAGAGAAGGCGACCCUCCCCCCCCCAAAUACCCCCCUUUUCAUCAUAUAUCAUAACUAUAUAUAGAUACUAAGAAUUAUACAUAUGACUAUUACAAAAAGUGCCAUUUCUCUAUUUUUGGGGUGAAACUCGCAGUCAGGAUUUGUGUCUGUUUUCAAAGAAACAUGUCCAGCAUGUUUGUUUAUUUUCUUUGGUUUUUAUUUGCUUUUUUCAUUUAGUAUUUGGGGAGGGGUUAUUUAAACACGAGAUGGCGUCACCCUUUCCUUCAUGAAUGUAAAAACAACAACAAACGGUUCUGUUUUUAUUUCUAGUUUGUGCCAAUUUAUUCAGUAACACAACGCAGUCGAUCGUGACACAGUGACGUCACUCAGACGCUGCAAAAACUAAUGUAGCUACAAUAUAAAUAAAUAUUAAGAAAUACUCAUCGAUAAUAAUUAUUAAAAAAUAAUAAUAGUUCAGUGGUUUUGUCUUUUUGAACAUAGCCUGCUUUGUUUUUCCUGGGAGGGAGGGUGGAAAUGAGAAAUAAUAAUAAUAAUUUGAUGGGGUGGGGGGUUAUUGGGGGGGUUUGUACCAUCAUAUUUUUUCAACGACUGAAAACUUUUCGGAUAAUCGAGCUAGAAUUCGAUCGAUAGACUUCUAUAGAGUAGAGAGCUUUUUUUAACGUCAAAAUAAAUUCCACGUGAAAAUAUAUCUAUAUAGUAUGAUUAAAAAAAAACAAGAAAAAUAAGCUUCAGGCUAUGAUUCACUUUCAUCAUAUUGUGAGCUUUUGUAAAGCCAUCUAAGCAAAGAGGACUGAAACUCACUGUCUUUCUGGGAGGUGUGCUGGAGGGCUGUGGGGGGGGUUCUGGGUGGGUGGGGGGGGGUGCUCAGCAUGCACCUGUACAGCACAUUUACAGUCAAUGCAGAUGCCUUUCUGAACUUUUGGAGCCUCCUGUUCAAGUUUGAUUCUCUUGUUUGUUUGUUUUAAUGCUUUGUGACUGAUCACCUGUUGUGCAGGCUCAGCUGCACAGAAGAAGGGAGGGAGGGGGCAGGGAGUAUGUAAACAAACAUCAGAAGGUUUUUUUUUUAUUUUUAUUUCAAUUUCUGUCAUGGUUAGGAUUUAUGACGUCAGUGCUGCUGUCCUGUUAAUAUUUGUGUACUUUAUGAAAAAAAAAAAUCGAUUUUUUUAAGCUUAUUCUGAGAGAAAUCAUAAUUACCCCCCCCCCUUUAUUUUUUUCCCUUAUAUCUCUGCCACAAAAAAAAUUGAAUUAAGAAAAUAACUGCGAUUUCUGCAGUUUUAGUGCUGUCCAUGGUGCUGAAUCACUGCCCUUUGUCCCCCAUUCUCUUUUUUCCCUUCCCAUUCCAAGCAAAUGGAAAGAGCAGCUGGGCCGGCCAUUUGCAUGCCCCCCCGCCCCGAUUCCAUCUCUCAAAACAUGUGACCUACACUGCAGCUUCUGCCGACUAACAUCAUAGCCCUUUUCCGUUUUCCUUCAUUUUUUUUUUUUUUAUGUUCACAGAAGGGUUUGCCCCCCCCUCCCAAUAUCGACCUACUCCUCUCCCAGUUGGUCACACUGGGGGGGGGGCGAGCUACUGUAAACUAUGAGUCUAUUCCGUGGAGUAUAACUGUGCCACAGCCCACUGAUGGUUCUUUUUGUUUUCUCAGAAACGCUGUGUUCAAAGUUACAUUUCUAUGCUUUGCGAUAUUUGACCCUGCUUCUAUUUUGUUAAAUAAAGUGUGGUUGAGGUUGAGUAAAAAAAAAAAAAACUUGU